CCACCCCCGCGGUGGUAUAACUCCGUGGCCCGCGCGCGCGUUUGUCUUAGGGGCGCGGGCACCGGCACCGGCACCGGCACCGGCUAUGACUAUGGCUGCAACUUCUCUCCUGUCUGCUUUGGCCGCCCGGCUACUCAGGCCGACGCACAGCUGCCAUCUUCGCCAUCGCCUCUUCCAUCUCGCCGCAGUUCGAAAUGAAGCUGUUGUCAUUUCUGGAAGGAAACUGGCCCAGCAGAUCAAGCAGGAGGUUCGGCAGGAGGUGGAAGAGUGGGUGGCUGAAGGCAACAAGCGGCCACACCUGAGCGUGGUUCUGGUUGGCGAGAAUCCUGCAAGCCACUCAUAUGUCCUCAACAAAACCAGGGCAGCUGCAGAUGUGGGAAUCAACAGCGAGACGAUUGUGAAACCAGCUUCAAUUUCAGAAGAAGAGCUGUUGAAUUUGAUCAAUAAACUCAAUAAUGAUGAAAACGUAGAUGGCCUCCUUGUUCAGCUGCCUCUCCCAGAGCAUAUUGAUGAGAGAAGGAUCUGCAAUGCUGUUUCUCCAGACAAGGACGUUGAUGGCUUUCAUGUAAUUAAUGUGGGGCGAAUGUGUUUGGACCAGUAUUCCAUGUUGCCAGCUACCCCGUGGGGUGUAUGGGAAAUAAUUAAGCGAACAGGCAUUCCCACCCUAGGAAAGAAUGUAGUUGUGGCUGGAAGAUCAAAAAAUGUUGGAAUGCCCAUUGCAAUGUUACUGCACACAGAUGGGGCACAUGAACGUCCUGGGGGUGAUGCCACUGUUACAAUAUCUCAUCGCUACACUCCUAAAGAACAGCUGAAGAAACACACUAUUCUUGCGGAUAUUGUAGUAUCUGCUGCAGAAGUCAAGAAGAAAGCCAGUUACAUCACUCCAGUCCCUGGGGGCGUUGGUCCCAUGACAGUGGCAAUGCUAAUGAAGAAUACCAUUAUUGCUGCAAAAAAAGUGUUAAGGCCUGAAGAGAGGGAAGUGCUGAAGCCUAAAGAGCUUGGAGUAGCCACCAAUUAACUGUGUCUGCCAUGCCAUGAACAGUAUUUUAAGCCAGCCAAGAAGCAAUGCAGGCCAAUAGAAAUGCAAGACUUUUAUUUAUUCUGCUGAAAUGGUUUAAAAUAUGCUUUGUAUUUAUUAAAAGCUUAAGAGGGUCGUUGUGUGUGCACAUGGCUUUGCAGUAUUUGCCAGGAACACUCCAGGGUCAUGCUGGGUCAUGUGAUCCAGCCAAAAGGAGCCAUUAACUUAGUGAUUAAACGUGGGCGAUACUGUCACCUUGAGAAUGGAUGUUUAAUUUUGUCAAGUCACUUAAGUUAAAAAUCUGCCUUUUCUAGAAUUUCAUUUCCUAAGUGCUAUUCCAAUAAGAGUUGAUACUCAUUUUAGGUUCUAAACCUUUUGAGAUCAACUAAUCAAACCAAAGGAAAAAUUUUGCUAGAGAAGAUCAGGAAAAAGGUGAAAAGGAAGAAAUGGUGGUAAUUGAUUGGGUAGAGGAAGGAAAUUACCUUAAUUUCUGUACAUACUGAUCGGUAACCAAAUUUAUCUGAAGAGAACCGAAUUGGCUGAGGAUAAAGAAAAACUACAUGUUACUGGUUGUCUUUUUGUGACUUAGUCAUUGGGGAAAUGUUUAGGGUUGUUCCAUUUGCUGCUGCCCCCAUUUUAUGUACAUUACCCUUUAGUGAGUUCUCCCCAUUUUAGUUUUCUAAGAUUGAAAAGCUUGUUUUGUAAGUUGUUUGUGUGUAUUGUCACAUUUGGCUUUUGCUGUAUCCUUAAACAUCAUUGUUCAAUUUUUGUAUUGUUAGGGUUGUCUGUCCGGUUUCUUUGGUAUACCUUGAAAUCUAUUUUUGAAAAACAAAACUUGGGCUUGAUAAUCAUUAAGGCAGCUUGUGUAAGUAUGCAACUUAACUUUUCCACCAAAGAACUGUCAGUAGCUGCCUGCUUUUCUUUCAUGUACCCUGUUGGCUUUCCUUCCUGAAAGAUUUUUAAGAGCUUGAGUUAAUAUUGAAUUUAAUUAGACUUUGUGAUAAAGGGUGGUUUUUUGGUAAAAUAAAACAUCUGUGAAAUGAG